AUGGAGGAAAGAGCCAUCAAUGGCUUCCUGAAGAAAAUAACUAAUAUCUGCCGAGCUUUCUGCAAUGGCCUGCGGAAGAGAAUCAGAGCUUUCUCUAAUGGCUUCCGUCCAAGAAAAGCAGCCUCUACUCAACCGGAUCCUGACAUGGGAAACUCAUUCGAAAGCUUCAGAAACACUAAUAAAAAUGAUAAUCUGAUAUUGGUCGAAAUCGACGCCGUCCCCGCGGCGGAGAAUGUCACCGCCGGCGAUGCACAGAAGAACAACGACGGCAGUCGGGAACAACUGCAAUGUCACGGCGGCGAUGUUGACCCUCCUUCCCAACUAUCGCCAGAGGUCGAUUUGCAGAUAGAUAAUAGCGGCGGCGGCGGUGGGGAACAUGUUAAUGUGGCUACGCAACUACAGCUUGAUCAGUCGAAAAUUGACGAUUAUACAACUGACAUUGAAGAUCACCAUGAGAAGAGGCUAAAGCCAACUGAGAAUCAGACAAUAAUCGAGAUUCCAAAAAAUGUGGACCACGGCAUCAGGUGGAUCAAACAUUACAGCAACCGCCAUCGGAUACUUCUGGUCGGAGAGGGUGAUUUUUCGUUUUCAUCUUGUCUUGCGAGGGCUUUUACUACGGCUCCCAAUAUGGUCGCAACUUCACUUGAUUCUCGAUUCUUUUUGCAGUGCAACUAUGGCAAUGCUCCCUCGAACAUUAAAGAUCUGGAAAGCCGAGGAUGUCGAGUGAUCCAUGAAAUCGACGUCGGUGAAAUGUCGAAUCAUUGGGAGCUCAAGCAUUACAAAUUCGAUCGAAUAGUUUACAACUUCCCUUACGCAGGAUUUUUUAAAUACGAGCCACGAUACCAGCAGCUUGGACGCCAUAGGGAUCUGAUGAGAAGCUUUUUCGAGAAUGCAGUGAAGAUGGUAAGUGAAGAUGGUGAGAUUCACGUGACUCAUAAGACCAAUGGAUUCCACUCCGAGUGGAAUAUCGAUUCUUUAGCUUUAUGUUGUGGGUUGAGGGUGAUUGAAGCUGUGGAGUUCGAUUUGGAUGAUUAUCCUGGAUAUCAUACAAAACGUGGAUUUGGGGGAGACGAAGAUUUCCAUUGCUAUCCUAGUACAACUUAUAAAUUUGUAUUCAUGAAACGAGGGUUUCUUAAUGAUUAA